AUGGGCAGAGGUCGUGUGCUGCUGCUGGGGUUGUUUUCCCUUCUACAGACAGCUUCCAGGGCUCAGUAUGCCGCAGAUGAAGUCACUUAUUUGCCCGGAAUGGAGUUUAAAACGAACUACCAACAGUGGUCUGGGUAUCUCCAGGCACGACCGGGCAAGUUUUUGCAUUAUUGGUUUGUGACUUCUCAGAGCAGCCCAACCAAAGACCCUGUGGUGCUUUGGCUAAAUGGUGGUCCAGGAUGCAGCUCACUGGACGGUUUCCUGUCGGAGAAUGGACCCUUUCAUGUAAUGGAAGAUGGUAAAACACUGUAUGAGAAUCCAUUUAGUUGGAAUAAGAAUGCAAAUCUAUUGUAUUUGGAGUCACCUGCUGGAGUAGGUUAUUCUUACUCCGAUGACCAGAAAUAUGCAACAGAUGAUGACCAGGUGGCUGAGGACAAUUACAAGGCCUUACAGAGUUUCUUUUCCAAGUUCCCAAACUUCACUAAAAAUGAGUUCUUUAUAAUUGGUGAAAGCUAUGGUGGAAUAUAUGUACCAACUCUAAGUCUGCUUGUGGCUACAGGAACAGAAAAUAUCAAUUUCAAGGGUUUUGCUGUUGGAAAUGGACUAAGCAGCUUUGCUCUUAAUGAUCAGUCACUUGUCUAUUUUGGUUAUUAUCAUGGAUUAUUUGGAGAAGAUUUGUGGCGUGAUCUCACAACAAACUGCUGUGAAAAAGGUAGUUGCAACUUUUACAAUUCAAGCUCUAAGAGCUGUGAGACAAUGGUGAAUGUGGCAUUUAAUAUAGUAUAUGAUAGUGGCCUGAAUGAAUACGCCCUCUACUUGGACUGUCAAGGCAAAAACAGAGCUUAUGAGAGGGCUAUGAGUCAUGUUUUUAAACACUUCAGAAAGAAUGCUAAAGGACGCAAGUUGGCAGGGUUGAUAAAUCCUUCUCUUGGGGAAGUGCCACCCUGCAUCGACAGCGCGGCUCAGAUACAGUGGUUGAACAGAGGUGACGUGAGGAAAGCUCUACACAUUCCUGAUAUUCUGCCACCGUGGGACCUCUGCAGCGACUUUGUUGGUGGAAACUACACCAACAUUUACCCGACUGUGAAGGAAGUUUACCUGAAGCUGCUCUCUUUAGGCCUUCGAGCGCUUGUGUACAAUGGAGACACUGACAUGGCCUGCAAUUUUCUGGGAGACCAAUGGUUUGUCAACGAUCUCGGCAUGAAGGCCACAACCAACUACAAGAUCUGGCUUCAUAAGGACCAGGUUGCUGGUUUUUAUCAGACAUUUGGUAAUAUCACAUUUCUUACAGUGAAGGGGGCAGGUCACAUGGUGCCACAGUGGGCCCCAGAUCCAGCUUUGCACAUGUUCCAGUCAUUUAUAACAAAUAGUGAUUACUGA